AUGCAGUGUAUUCUACUCGAUUUGUGCACUUGCGUUCGGUUUGCCUUGUGUGAUUGUCUUGUAGACAUCCUAUCAACUCUCUAUGGAUCGAAUCGACCUGUCGAAGGAUGCUUGCUACUGGCCAGAUGCCAAGUUUGUCUUUCUGUUUGACUGAAAUACGUAGCUGUCUGCUCUUUCCAGGUACAAGUGCUGGCGAGCUGUUUGUAUUUGAAUUGGAUUCUCUGUCCUCCACACAACUCACAAACAAAGCCCAUCAUCGCAUUCGAUUGGACUGUUCACACAUCACCACUCUCCACAUCGCUUCUCCUUCGCAAUUCUUAGUAGGCGACGCCUGUGGUGACGUUUUCUCCAUCCAUUUGUCCCUUUAGUUAGUUAAGUAUUUGU